UUUUUUUUCCAUAUAUUGGCAAGUCUCUUCAAAACAAGUUUCUCAAACAUAUAUCUUGAAAACUGACACACCAUCUUCAGGUUCAAUCAUGCCACUACCCAAGUACAGCAUGCACUUGGAUCUUUGUCUAAUGUUAUUAUGUAUCCAUGCAGUAGUGGUCUUUGCAGCAAACUCUGACGUAGCAAGGCACGAAUCACAAGGCUGGUUAAACCAUGGUGGAGAUUUGUUCAACCGAAGAUAUGCUUCCAAGGAGCGUAAGAUCAGUCCGAAAACUGCACCAGACCUACGUAUGAAGUGGAAGUUCUAUACUGGCAGAGACAUCACUGCAACACCAGCCAUAUAUGAUCGUACCCUUUAUUUUCCAAGCUGGAAUGGUAACAUCUAUGCAGUUAAAGAAGCUGAUGGAUCGCUUGUUUGGAAGCAGAACUUGGACAAAUUGACAGGUCUGAAAGCAUCUGAAGGCCUUGUUAAUAACGUAAAUUGGACAGUGUCACGGUCAACUCCUACAGUGGUUGGUGAUUUGCUGAUUAUGGGAAUGUAUGGCCCUGCUGCUGUUAUUGCUGUCAAAAGAGCAACAGGUAAGCUUGUGUGGAAGACCAUUUUGGAUUACCAUCCUAAAGCACUCAUCACCAUGUCAGGAACAUAUUACAAAAGAGGUUACUAUGUUGGAACAUCUUCCCUGGAGUCACUUGUGGAACUUGAUGAGUGCUGCACGUUUCGUGGAAGCUUUGUGAAACUUGAUCCUGAAUCCGGUGACAUCGUGUGGAGGACUUAUACGAUACCAGAUAACAAUAACACAAAAGGAGGAUAUGCAGGAGCUGCUAUUUGGGGAAGUAGUCCUUCCAUUGAUGAGAAAAGAAACCAUGUCUAUAUGGCCACAGGGAACCUCUAUGCUGCCCCAUUACGAAUACGCCAGUGUCGAGAGAGACAAAUUAAUCGAACUCAGCGUACUCAACCAGACGAGUGUGUGGAACCAGACAACCACUCCAACUCAAUCCUAGCCCUUGAUUUGGAUUCUGGGAAGAUCAAAUGGUACUACCAGGCUGGAGGCUACGAUGUGUCUCUCUUAGUAUGUAGCGAUUCUCCCACACCUGCUCCUGAUUGUCCCCCUCAAGCAGACAAACCAGAUGUUGAUUUUGGUGAGGCACCUAUGAUGUUGACCGUAGAUAUAAAUCGGAACAAAAGAGAUAUUGUUGUUGCAGUCCAGAAAAGUGGCAUUGCAUGGGCUUUGGAUCGCAAUAAUGGUGACCUCGUUUGGUAUACGGAAGCUGGGCCAUAUGGGUUGGCAGGAGGUGGAUCAUGGGGUGCAGCAACUGAUGAAAAGAGGGUUUACACGAACAUUGUGAAUUCUGAUGCCCAAAAUUUCACGCUCAGACCCUCAAACAAGAUUACAACUGCGGGUGGGUGGGUGGCAAUGGAUGCUAACAAUGGUAGAGUUCUGUGGUCAACAGCAAACCCUGCUAACAGCACUGCUUAUGGUCCUGUUAGUGUUGCAAAUGGUGUUCUCUUUGUUGGAUCAGCUGAUAGAAUGGGAUACAUAUAUGCAAUUGAUGCAAAGAGUGGGAAAAUUUUAUGGUCCUAUAAAACUGGAGCCAGUGUCUAUGGAGGCAUGUCAAUCAACAAAGGGUGCAUCUAUGUGGGCCAUGGAUACAGUGCUGCUUAUGGGUUUAACUUGAACUUACCACAAGGAAACUCUCUCUUUGCCUUCUGUGUUAAGAAAUAACAGUUCUUUUAGCUUUUGGCAAAAAGCUGUUAAAAGUUACCUCUUUUAAAAAAUGUGAUAAUCAUAAAUGGAUUAUUAAUAAAACGAAAACUAUAGCAUAUGUUUUCCUCUCUAUAUUUAGCAUAGUUUUAAACUUUCAUUUAUACAUAGUUAAUUUUGUUCUCUUGCUCAAAAUUGAAUGUUUUCUUGGUUUGAAUUCCAAGUUAAAGUCUCCUAAAUAAUUCAAAGUAUUAUUUUUCUAAAUAAUUGGAAGUCGGAACCUUUUAUAUACAUGUCAUCACAACUCUACUGCUAAGCAAAACAUAACUCGGAUUAGAAUCCAUAAAACAUUUAGAUCAAAUCUGAAAUGCAGAAAGAAACAAAAGGGCUGCAUAUAAUUAAAGUAUCUGCUCCAUCUUAGCCUGAAAUUAUGAUACAUAAUACAAUUUAGGCAAAUUAACAACUCCGUUGAUAAUGUGAACUUUUAAUUACCUAACAUCCCUUAACAGAGGUCGAACUGCAAUUGGUCUAUUUACAGAACAGGGGACUAAAAUAUCUAAACUUAAAUUUGAAUGAGGCACUAG